UCGCUCGAUAGGAUUUAUUGUUAGCAUUACUUUAAAACCAAUCGAUCGGGUUACGGUUUACAUUGUCUUUUUUAGAAGUAGUCAAAACAUGUUCUAACACUGAGAACGUCUAAUCACAACCACUAAUCACCAAUCGACAACUAAGUUCGUAUACUAGUAUAUGGCUGUGUUUUAGCUUCCGAAAUUUAAACGCUUGACCGUGUAUUUGUAUGGGAAUUCUCUUACACUGAGUCUACCCCAAUAAACAGAAGUGUGGGUUUGUGAUAAGGUGAAUAAAUAAAACUGUUCAGUGGAAAUCUACAUGACCUGCGUUUGUAAAAUUCAUAUUCAGUGAAAUUGGGAUAUAAUAAACUGAUACUUUUUUCCUGAUCGACCGUAUUAACAUGACAACGUGACGGCGUAACCAUGGGAACCGGUGCAUCCACGCAGGUGCAGCAGCCGACACGUCCGGUGACCGCUCCGUAUGUAAAGCCAGCGGUGAACGGAAACGCGGCGCCAUCUUCGAGCGCUAAGAAUCCGGCUCCACCGAAGUCGGCGGGCUUAGAUCUACGUCGAGCACACACCUCCGUGCAAACCAAUGGACACACAUCCAGUGACGAAAGUACAUCAUCGUCACCGGGGGCGCGCAGCGGUCAGCAGCAAGACCCGCCCAACUACCAUAGGUCUCAGAUCCCCCCUCCCCGACCCCCCAGGACGCUCAAGUCGGACAUCUUCUCACUAGAACGCUACAAGGAGGUCGACGACUAUGUGCUCAAUGCGCCCCCGAAGCUACUAGUGGGAAACUUCAACGAACUGAUCAAGUACCUGACACGCAACAAUGAACGCUGGGACGACCUGUGUAAGAUACGAGCCAUCUUCCUCUGGGUCACAUCCAUAGACGUGUACAACCUCAAGGUGGACGGUGUACCCCCGACACACUCGCCUCUCGAGUACUUUACGAAGAUCCAGUGUAACAUGGGCAACCACGCCCACCUCAUAUCUGGACUCUGUCAAAUGGCGGGAAUCCCGUGCGUCAUCAUCAGCGGCAUGAACAAGAGCGCCGCCUAUGACAUCGGAGGCCGCGUUGAUCGGAAGAGCAUGGGUGCGCAGUGGAAUGCCGUUUACGUGAACGACGACUGGCGCUUCCUGGACGCUUUCUGGGCCUCCGCGUGUGUGGUCGGCCGUAAGACGGGCGAGUGGACGCUCGUAGACUCGGACGGCAACGUGACACAGGAGGACGAGGAGUCAGCGGAGGGCACGACGCAGCACCGCAUUAACGAGUUCUACUUCUUCCCCGACCCCGACAAGCUCGUCUGGACGCACUACCCGGACGAGGUGCAGUGGCAGCUGCUUGAUCGGCCCGUCAGCCAGAAAGAGUUCGAGGAACACGUGUACCUCCGGGAGCGCUUCCACUAUCUCGGUAUGAAGCUCAUGCCCAAUAGCCACGACAGGUGCGUUCUGUCGUCCAAAGACGGCGAAAUCGAAAUCGUGUUCUCCCUUCCGCCUAAGAGCAGUGAGAAUUCCCGGUUCAAGUACAUGUUAUACCAAGGGCAGAAGUCGCGGAACAAGGAAGAAGAGGACAUAUUGCUAGACCGGUUCGUGAUGUUCGAGCACACGGCGCAUCUUCUGCGGUUCACUAUUCGGUUCCCGAUAUCAGGGCGGUUCAAAAUGGACGUGUUUGGUCUGGACGUGACGGAGUCAGACAUAUUUGAUCUGGCAUGUACGUACAUUAUUCAGUGCAAUGAGGCGAAGAAGAAUUGCUUGCCGCUACCGGACGUGCCUCCGAUCGGAUGGGGACCUGGAGCGAACGCCAAAGAAGCUGGUCUGAAACCUAUUACGCAUGACGGUGCCAUUAUUGUCACCAAGGACGGGAACGUGGAGAUUCGUCUAGCCGCCGAAAAGAACAUACAACUGCAUCAGAUGUUGAAACACGCCCUCAUUGACGAGGCGACGCUUAGUAACUACGCGGUCACCAGACUGGAAAAUGGCGAAGCCGUCGUAAACAUCCGACUGCCACAGGGCGGUGAAUACGCGCUGAAGCUGUACGCAGACGACGCGGGCAAGGAAGGCGUGGCACCAAACGUUUUGAACUACCUGAUCAAGAGCGAAGGAAAGAACGUCAGCAAUCCGCCCUUCCCGAACAUCAGCGACGGGUCGCUGGGAGCGAAACCGCUUUCUGAGAAUCUCGGUGUCAAGGCCAUAACGCCCAAGGGUGGAAACAUUCAGGCCAAGAACGGUCGCACGCGCGUGGAGUUCCAAGCUCGAAGCGGCGUACAGCUUAUGGUAGAACUGCACAGCAGCGACGAGCUAGCUUGCAAGCGCAUGAUGGUGACCCCGAAAGAGGAGAAUGGCAAGUGGAUAUUCGACCUUGAUAUGCCGGAAGAAGGUGAAUAUUCUCUGAACGUGUUUGGCUGUUCAAAGAACUCGGUAGACAGAAUCUACAAUGUGCACUCGUACCUGGUGAAAUCCGACGGCCGGAAGUUGGACGGGGCUGAGAUCGAUAUGCGCGCGCAGAACAAACACGUUCAGACGCACGUUCCCAUAGAAACAGUACAGACAUCCGACAACGAAGUUCUCAUACCUAUUCCACCCGGUUUCGAAGACGUCUGCGCGUCUCUUCACAGACGGAACGCGAACGAUCCCCCGAACGCUCACCAGGUGGAUAUCAUAGAACAGGACGGUAUUCAGCUGAUACGGGCGCGACUUCCGGAGUUUGGCGAGUAUCAGCUGAACCUGUACGACCGAGACAGAAAGGCCGUGCUUCGAAACAUCGCCAAGUACCAAAUAAACCGGCGACCUCCAGGCGAGCUAUACGAGGACAAUACGAAGAUGCUGAUGCACAACCUCGGCGCCACACAGCCGAUCGUGGAGGAGGACGAGGAGGAGUAUGCAGCACCCAGCAGGAUCGACAAGAACGAGUCGGACGAGGACAAGAACAAGCGCAUGGAGGCCCAGUUAGAGAUAGACCAAGAGGAACAGCGGCGCGCGACUCGGCGGCAAAUUCAGAAGGCGAUAGACAUGAAGGAUCCGGAAAUGCUGGAGCGUUACAUACAGGCGUACGAGAAGCUUAACCCAGCCUACGACGACGAGAUGCUGGUCAAGGCGCGCAAGGUGCUCGCAGCACUGGACGCCAAGGAAGAGCUGACACAAGCUUGCCAACGCCGCGACCUGGACUCGCUGAAGAAGGCGAUCGCGCGCGCCAAGGACGUCAACUACGACCACCAGCUGGACCUCCAGCUGGCGUUGGCAAACCGCCUCCGCGACCAGCUGGAGCGGAUAGAGAAGCUGCGGCACUCCGUGCUCAAUCUGGACAGCAAGACAAUCGCGGAGAUCAAGACGUACUCAAAUCCGCCUGACGGCGUCCACCAGUCAAUGAUGGCAACGUUCAUAUUGUUGGGCAACACGCCUAAGGAAGUCAGGAACUGGCGAACGUGUCAGGCGUUGGUCGGCAAGACCGGAAAAGAGUCGCUGAUGCGCCGGAUAUCCGGUUUUGAUCCCAAGGACUGUAGCCUCGCCGUGGCUCAGUUGGCGAAGCACAUGAUCGAGAACUACUCAAUGUCGCAGAUCCGUGACGUCAGUGCAGGCGCCGCGACGUUCUUUGGAUGGUCGCUGGGUAUGAUAGAGGAGAUCGAGUCCACGGGCGGCUCAGGCAUGGGCAUCAUCAGCAAACCUCCCCAAAAACAGGAGAGACCCAAGACCAAGAAUAGCAGCCGCAACGGGAAGCGAUAGAUAUAAGCGUCGCCGUGGGAAAACGUGGUUUAUUGCAUGUGCGUAAAGCAUCAACCCAGAUUAGCCUGUGAAGUCUGCACAGGCUAAUCUGGGACGACACUUCACGCACGUACAUUUAGCCCCGUUUUGCCAGAGAUAGAUAUGUUUAAAUUAGUCUCCCUUAGCUCACUGUACCAAUAUAUAUUAAGGUUUGUUACUUAGGUUUAAUGGUCAAUGAUAGUGCUGAAUUUGUCGUUUUCGUUUGGUUGGCGAAACUUCUUCGUGUUGAUAACCCAAUGUGUCAGUGAAGUGAACACUAAUAUUCGUUUGUGGAGGAAAAUGAUUUUCUGCUGCUUUGAAAUAAAAUUGUCAUUAACGCUGAUAUCGCAUGUUUAUUACUAUGGCAUUGGACUUAGGCUUUACUUUCAAAACAAUAAUUGUGCACUUAUAUGUUCUUGCUAUAGUUUUGUGAUAUAAUUCUGUAACGUGUGCGCCGCUCUGAAUACUUAGAGAAACGCAUUAUGUUUAUAUUAAUAUGUUGUAUAUUAUAUUAUUCAAAUGAAUGUAAGUAUACAACAUACAUGGUUGUAUACUAGUGAAUGACAUGUUACAGGAUUUCGGCUUUAAAAAGCACGCAUGUACGUAAUUUGCAGUUGUAUACAACGUCAUAUUACAUCAAUUUUUAUUUUAUAAGUGUACAUUUACAGUUAGUUUACAUUUACAUGUAAAAUUUCCACCUAUUUGUUCCAUACAUAAUUUUCGCGGAAAUUUGAAUUACUUGCUUGAUUUUGUAUCCCAUUUUGUUGAUGAUGACUGUUUAUAAUAAUUGUAUCUGCAAUUAAGAUAUUUGCUGAUAUGUAUAUUGUGAAAUAUCAAAACAUGUGAUCUAGCUCAUAUUGAAAAUGCACCUAAAUCAGUGUUUCGUUAGGUUGCACCUAUGAUUUGCAAAUCAAUCAUAAAGCACAAUAUACUAAUAUGGUUUCUUCAUAAACUGCACACUCAUGCAUGUGGGUGUUUGUGAGCGAUUAUAUGUACCUAUUAUUUUCAGUAUUUCGAACAUUCUGCAAUAUUUGUUUAGUAAGGUCAUUUUGUUCAAUAAUAAAUAUGUAUUUUUAUUCCACAUUCAUACAUGCCAUGUUUAUUUCAUUUGAUUUCUGCACGGCGUUUAAGACUGUGUCUGUCAUUGUUUGCGAUUCAAAAAAGGGAUUUUACAACAAUCACAUAAUUAUUAAUGGUAUGACUUUGUAGACGUUUAUCAAUUGUUCCAACUAGAUACUUUUUCAUGUUGGUAUUUUUGUCUGUGAUAUAAUGAUUCACAUAUUUAUUUACAUUACUGUUACUUCAUUUUUGUAUUGCUGCACAAAACAUAUUUGUCUUUUAUGCACAAAACACUCGUCCAGUGUUACUUGAGGGUUAUAAACCGAGUUGUGUGUUAAAUUCUGUUCUCUUUUGUUCAGUUCAGGUAUUUUCAAUGCUAUUUAUUACGCUUUUAAAGUUUUUGAAGAGGAAUGAUAUUAAGUGAUGUUAGGUAACAAAGUCCUAUGUUGGAUAUACACAGCAGAUGGCUUCAUAUUUCCCAAUGUAAACACUAAGUACUUCCCAUUUAUGUCUAAUAGUUUGAUUGGACACAUGCCUAUUUAAUUCAGACACGGCUAUCAAAGCUGACAUUGCAAGCCGAAACUAGUUCGAAAUCAAAGUACUGACAGUACUGGUGUGACGAUGCUUUUAAAGAGGAUGGAUAUAAAAGCAUCAAUUUAAGAUCAUCUAUAUCACCCGAUUUGUGUAUGUGGGUACGAACAUUUUGGGUACGAAAAUAAAUUUGGGUACGAACGUUUUGGGUACGAAUAAAAAUUGGGUACGAAAAAAAAUUGGGAACGAAACAUUUUGGGUACGAAAUAAAAAUUUGGGGGUACGGGCAAGUAGUACCCGGGGGGAACUUGACUCAUUCAGCGAAACUGGGAGGCGGGUUACAUUCUCGAUCAAAUCUAACAAGAAAUAUCUUUAAAAACAUAAUCGGCGUGUAUUUUUCUGUACCACUUUUCGUAAACACUUUCUAUAGCAAUAAAAUGUUUGUGGGUUAUUAAAAUUACGUUUCAGUAGAUAUAUACAAAACAUGACAUGAUCGUUUAUAACACAUGUACAUCAUACCUUACCUUUAUUUCAUUGUUUACGUUCUUAAUUUGAUAAUGUUAUAUGUACGAACCUGAUUUCUCAUGCCCAUGGACAUAUGCUUUUUUACUGUUGAAUAUUGUUUGUUAAUUGAAGUUCAAAACGCAUAGGCAUGUUUGUUCGUUAAGUAUGACAAUACUUUCAUGAUAAUUCUCGAAAGAAGGUAUGAGCACAUAGCCGGACCAGGAGAGCUAAAUCGUAAGAGCACUUGCAUAUCCGAGUUCGUACAGGAACAUAUGGAUAAGUUAACUAACCAAAGCGAUAUGACAUUAUACAUGUAUAUGCUGAAAUCUAACAAACGAACGAAUUAUCAAACAUGGUAUGUACACUUAGGUGGUUGUGUAAUUUCUGUUAGAAUAUCGUAUUAAAUGUAAAUUUAAAAUGA